AGAGAGAGACAAUUUAGUGGGAAUAUAUAUAUAUAUAUAUACAUGUAUAUCUAAAUGAAUAUGGUGUGCUUCUUCAAGUUCUUGGGAGAGAAUUGUCAUCUUCUUUAAGAACGGAAAGAAAGAUGACUGGCUUAACCGAGGAUGGAGUUUUUAAGUCGGCGGAUGAGAAGCUUCAUUCUGGUAUAGCCGUAGCCGAUAAUGAUGAACUUGAAGACAGCCCAAUUGAGCAAGUUAGGCUAACUGUUCCAACAACCGACGACCCUUCGAUGCCUGCUUUAACUUUCCGAACAUGGUUUCUUGGGAUGAUUUCCUGUGGGCUUCUUGCUUUUGUCAACCAGUUCUUCGGGUACCGCCAAAACCAGCUGUAUGUCUCAUCAGUAUCCGCACAAAUUCUUGUUCUACCAAUUGGGAAGUUGAUGGCUGCAACUCUUCCAUCCAAACCUAUACGGGUCCCAUUCACAAGCUGGUCUUUUUCACUGAAUCCAGGGCCUUUCAAUCUGAAAGAGCAUGUUUUGAUCACCAUUUUUGCAAACUCUGGAUCAAACAGUGUUUAUGCUGUUAAUAUCAUCACCAUUGUUAAGGCUUUCUACCACCGGAGUCUACAUCCAGGAGCUGCUUACUUGCUGGCACAAACCACCCAGCUGCUUGGCUAUGGUUGGGCUGGGAUAUUCAGAAAGUACCUUGUUGACUCUCCUUACAUGUGGUGGCCAGCAAAUUUGGUCCAGGUCUCUUUAUUCAGGGCAUUGCAUGAAAACGAAAAACGGCCAAAGGGAGGACGUACUAGGCUACAAUUCUUUUUCUUGGUCUUCAUAAGCAGCUUUGCUUACUAUAUCAUUCCAGCCUAUCUUUUCCCUUCAAUUACCGCCAUUUCUGUUAUUUGUUUGAUAUGGAAGAAAUCCAUCACUGCCCAACAGAUUGGUUCUGGUCUUCACGGCCUCGGAAUCUUCUCGUUUGGCAUUGACUGGUCUACAGUUGCUGGCUUUCUUGGCAGCCCUUUGGCUACACCGGGCUUUGCCAUCGUUAACAUCUUAGUUGGGUUUGCUUUGUUUGUUUAUGUUCUCAACCCAAUCUUCUAUUGGAAUGAUGCAUAUAAUGCGAAGAAGUUUCCAAUCUUUUCCCCCCACACUUUUGAUUCAACUGGCCAAAUCUAUAACAUUUCCCGGGUUUUGAACGAGAAAUUGUUCAAGCUUGAUAAUGCUAGCUAUAACAAUUAUAGCAAACUCUAUGUUAGCGUUUUCUUUGCCCUAAGUUAUGGUUUGAGCUUCGCCACUUUAACUGCAACUAUUGCACAUGUCGGACUCUUCCAUGGAAAAACAAUCUGGCGACUGUGGAAAAAAACUGCUGCACUCCGAGAUCAACUUGGCGAUGUGCACACAAAGAUAAUGAAGAAGAACUAUGAAGAAGUCCCUCAAUGGUGGUUUCACGCCAUCUUGAUAGCAAUGGUGGCUUUGGCUAUCUUCUGUUGCGAGGGUUUUGAUAAACAGCUCCAACUCCCAUGGUGGGGUGUUCUAAUGGCCUGUGGCAUUGCUCUGUUUUUCACUUUACCAAUUGGCAUUAUUCAAGCCACAACAAACAUGCAACCAGGUCUAAAUGUGAUCACCGAGUUAGUCAUUGGGUACAUUUACCCAGGGAAGCCUCUUGCUAAUGUGGCUUUCAAGACUUAUGGCUAUAUUAGUAUGUCACAAGCACUCAAUUUUCUUGGUGACUUCAAAUUAGGACAUUAUAUGAAGAUCCCUCCCAAGUCCAUGUACAUUGUGCAGCUUGUUGGAACUGUAGUUGCUUCUAGUGUAUACUUUGGAACAUCUUGGUGGCUUCUUACCUCCAUUGACCACAUAUGUGAUCCAUCCAUGCUGCCUGAUGGAAGUCCAUGGACAUGCCCUAGUGAUGAUGUCUUCUAUAAUGCCUCCAUCAUAUGGGGUGUUGUUGGCCCACUCAAAAUGUUCACAAAGCAAGGUGUCUACCCGGAGAUGAACUGGUUCUUUUUGGUUGGCUUCCUUGCUCCAUUUCCAGUUUGGUUCCUACAUCGUAAAUUUCCCAACAAAAAGUGGAUCAGGUUGAUAAACAUGCCAAUUAUUUUGGGUGCUACCGGGAGCAUGCCACCAGCUAGAGCUGUGAACUAUGUAAUGUGGGGAAUUGUUGGAAUUUUCUUCAACUUCUUUAUUUUCAGAAAGUACAAGGGAUGGUGGGCUAGGCAUAACUAUGUCUUAUCUGCUGCAUUGGAUGCUGGGAUCGCUUUUACGGCCGUUCUCCUGUAUUUCACCCUUCAGAGCAAAGAUAUUAAUGGUCCGGAAUGGUGGGGUUUGACCACUGAAGACCAUUGUCCAUUGGCUUCGUGCCCCAUAGCACCAGGGGUUGUGGCUGAUGGUUGCCCUGUUAUAACUUAGAAUAUAACACAUUGUCAUAUCUUUCAGGUUCUAGGCUUUUUAUGCACAGUGUAAAUUGUGCAAAAUUAUAUUGUGCUUUCUUUUUAUUUCAAAUGAUGAUGGUGAAGAGCUGUGAUUGGUAAGAUGAAACUGUACAGGGCAGUAGUUUGAAACAUUCUGCUUCAGUAGGUAGAAGACUUUCUGCGUUCAUAAAUAAAUAAUAUUUAUUUUA